CUCCGAUAAAAAUUUUUUCUCCGUCCCGCUGUCAGUAAACAAAGACAUGUAAACACAUUGGAUCGCUAAUGAAAGACAAUCGGAGCGGUCCGAAACCGAGUCAGUACUGUUCAUCUCAAGCAAGUGGUCGCCUAUAUUUGAUGUCGUGAGGCUAUUUCCAAUGGAGAUAAACGGUUACCACGGCGAGGAUGGAACAGCAGAUGAGACGGAAGAGGAAGAAAUGGGGGGGCUGAAGCGAUUGCGGACGUCGAAGAAGGAAACGGCGGCUGGUCUCAGAGCAGGGGCGGGCAUGGAGAAUGUCGCGGCCGGGGCAAGUGCACCAAGCGAGCGCCGAGCAUCCAGCGCUGUGGCCAGGCAAAGGAUUGACUCGCUGAAAAAGAACAGGCCGCCCUUCCCCUGGUUCGGCAUGGACAUCGGCGGGACCCUGGUGAAGCUGGUGUACUUUGAGCCCAAGGACAUCACGGCGGAGGAGGAGCAGGAGGAGGUGGAGAACCUGAAGAGCAUCCGCCGGUACCUGACCUCCAACGUGGCGUAUGGCUCCACGGGCAUCCGCGACGUGCACCUGGAGCUGAAGGACCUGACGCUGUGCGGCCGCACGGGCAACCUGCACUUCAUCCGCUUCCCCACGCACGACCUGCCCGCCUUCCUGCAGAUGGGCCGGGACAAGCACUUCUCCAGCCUGCACACCACCCUCUGCGCCACCGGCGGCGGGGCCUACAAGUUUGAGCCGGACUUCCGCAUGAUGGCCGACCUACAGUUGCUGAAGCUGGAUGAGCUGGACUGUCUGAUCCGGGGGGUCCUCUACAUCGAUUCGGUGGUGCCCAGCGGCGGGCCCUCGGAGUGCUACUACUUCGAGAACCCCACGGACCCCGAACGCUGUGUCCAGAGGCCUUACACCCUGGAGAACCCCUACCCACUCCUGCUGGUCAACAUUGGCUCUGGCGUCAGCAUCCUGGCCGUCUAUUCCAAAGACAACUACAAGCGUGUAACUGGGACCAGCCUCGGAGGCGGGACCUUCCUGGGCCUGUGCUGUCUGCUGACGGGCUGCUCCACCUUCGAGGAGGCCCUGGAGAUGGCGUCCCAGGGGGAGAGCACACGCGUGGAUAAGCUGGUGCGGGACAUCUACGGGGGCGACUACGAGAGGUUCGGCCUUCCGGGCUGGGCGGUAGCCUCAAGUUUUGGGAACAUGAUGUGCAAGGAGAAGCGCGAGUCCAUUUCCAAAGAGGACCUGGCCAGGGCGACGCUGGUCACCAUCACCAACAACAUUGGGUCGAUCACCAGGAUGUGCGCGUUGAACGAGAAUAUUGAGCGGGUGGUGUUCGUGGGCAACUUCUUGAGGGUCAAUACCCUUUCUAUGAAGCUCCUGGCCUAUGCCAUGGACUACUGGUCUAAAGGGCAACUGAAGGCACUUUUCCUACAGCAUGAGGGCUAUUUUGGAGCUGUAGGUGCACUGCUGGAGCUGUUGAAUCCUUCAUAAUUAUUGGCCAGCGGAGGUGCCACUCAUGGCCCCGGUGGUGACGUCACCCCCGCUUGCUGCUGAAAGCGAGAUGGCACUAAAACUUCUAAGGUCCAGAACUCUGCCCCCCCCCCACACACACCCCGUCCUUUUCUCCUCUGUUCUUACCUUAUGCAGCUGUGUUAGUCAUUGCCUGGGUGUACUGUACUGUGAAGUAAGCAUCAGAGAUCAAUAAGGCAAGGUUCUGACGAUUGCUUACCUGCUGACGAAUGUACAGUUUUUUUUUUUUUUUAUACACAAUGGGUCUGAGGUCAUCAAUUUUCCGCCGUGAGUACAUUUCACUAAGUGGCUGUCCCCUCCCUGCACUGAGCGGACAGGCCACCCAAUCAAUGCUCACAGGUCUAGAGCUUAGCACUCCCUUCCUUGGGUAUCUGUCAGCAUAGCUUUCCCCCUCUAUUGACUUCUUGAAUCACAUUGGCACCUGCAGGGUGACCUCGCUUCUGUUGCCUUGAUCUGUCUGUCUGAGCGCAUGCUGCUGAAUGUAAAAUGUGCACUGUAUUACCCUUCCCAGAAUAGUAUUGUAGCUAUUCAUUUGAAUACCAUGUUACACAUAGAGUUAGGUUGUCUGUAAUGUUCAGUGAAAGACCAGAGGCUAUCAAGCAGAAGAGACCACCCUUGGCACCGUUAGAAGGUAGCCAGUAGGCCUGAACAGUCACAUGACUUCUGUGCCAGUACUUUAAGCAAAUGGGCCUGAGCAAUCACAUGACUUCUGUGCUCUGGUGGUCACAUGACCUCCGUGCCAGGACAGUCAUUGGCAGGACAAUGGCUUGAACAGUAGAAAAAAAAAAAAAAACAUAC